AUGGAAAUCAUUCCUGAAGGUAAACAUUUUCGUUUGGUACAAGAAUCUGAGCUUCCAGAAAUUUUGGAGUAUUUGGAAAGAUACAUACCGGAAUCACUAAAGUUUCAUCAAACCAUUAAAACGUACCUGAAUGAUCGUGUUUGGGACUUUUACUUUUAUGUUUCGAAAGAAUGGCCGCAGAAGCCAAUAAUAUUACAUUUUCCAGGAUGCACGCUUACGCCCAACAACAAUAUCUAUCAAAGCUUUGGUAUAUUUUGUCCCUCAACACAAAUCGAAUGUGUCGAUCUGAUGCGGACCGAAGAUAUCCUUAUCGAUUGGAAAAAGCCAUUGUACCUGAAUUUCACGCAUAUUGCUAUCAUGAAUCGUCUGGAUGACUUUUAUUCGACAAUUGGUGUAAUGGAGAGACUCGAAGGCGACAUUUAUGUGUGUAAUAAAUUGAAUACGGAUCUAGAGUUGGAGGAAUUGCCUGAUGAUGCAGAAAUGCGUCCACUUACUGCUGAGGAUGUAAAAGCUAUACACGAUUUGUAUCCGGCCAGCGAGAUUGAACGCAUAGAAGUAUUCGAGAUAUUAGUGCAAGUACUGCCCGGGUUGGGAAUAUUUCGUAAGGAUACCAAUGAAUUAGCCGCAUGGAUGGUGCAUUCUUAUUAUGGAGCAAUGUUCUCAAUGCAAACACGUCCAGAGUACCGUCGCAAAGGCUAUGGAAUUCGACUUGCUAGAUCUCUUACUAAACUUGUUAUUGAACGUGGUUAUUCGCCGUUUGUCGUCAUACGUCCACAAAAUGAUGCUUCUAGAAAUCUUUAUACAAAGUUAGGAUUUACUAAAGCGUAUGAAACAUGUCGAGUCAAAAUGACUCCUGACCUAACAGAUGAUAUCUUUAAGGAAGAGCCAGUGCCAAAUCCGCAAGCUGCGACUAAUGGUGUUGGCAAUGCUAAGGGUUCAUCAACAACGGCAGAUUAUGACACAGAGGCUAACAAAGAAAAUCAACCAGUCGAUGAAGGCAUAGAGGAUAUGUUAGCUGAAAAAUGUGAUAUUGGUAAGGAGGAAAUGUGUACCGCCCACGUAAAAGCUGCAAUGGACGAGGGUAUCGAAGAGGAUAAAUAAAAAAUUAAACGAACACGAAUGAAAUAAGUUUUAAGUGUUGAGGAGAACCCCGAUUAGGGAAAGGUCGGGUAAUAAGAUAAGAAAUGAAACUAACAAAAAACUAUUCCAAAUGCUAAAAUACAGAAAAACUCCACGAACAUAUUAUAUACUUACAACCAUGCAACUGAAAUUUAUAAGGAAUGAGUGCACAGGGAGACAAUGGUAUGUUGAUGUAAUUUGUAUUUUCAGCUUAUUGGAUAACAGAUAAAAGAGAAGGAAACGGAAACGGAAACUGGCAUGAAUACUGUACAUAUGUAUUUGAUUGUUUAUGUAAAUACAUAUGUUUAUACGGAUUUGGUAGUUAGGGGCUAGUGCACUCGCAAAAACCAUACAAUAUUAAUAUUUAAAAGAUAUACUACAUAUACAUAAAUAGUGUAUACAAAUAAUAAACGGAUCGAUAAAAAU